GUACACAUGAUUUCUAUUGAUGCUUUAUCGAAGUUCAUCGAUCCCAGCCAACUUAUAAGAGAUCUCGGUGGUUCUUUCCCAUACGAUCACGACGACUGGUUGGACACGCGUCUGGAAUUGGAACGCUGGAUAUGGCAGGUUUCGGAAGUGAUGCGAAAUUUGGAAUGCCAACGCAGAGCAAUGGCAGACGCUCAAUUUCCUGUAGAUGUAACCACAGCGGAAUCUGCUCUUUCUCAACAUUCCUCCAUUAAGAAAACGAUUUUUGCCAUUCCGAUUGAUCGCCUACAAAGCGAAUCUGACAGGAUAAGUGAGAGAAUCAAUCGAGCUCAAUGUGGGAUUUCAAACCCUGAUCUCGUGUCGUCAAUUCCGCAUAUGGCUAAUCUUCUGACAUCUUUACGAAAUUUGAAGAACGACGUCUUUAAGCAGUGGGAAACACGCCGUGUGGAGCUGGAGGGAUGUUAUCAGAUGAAACUCUUCGAACAUGACGCUGAUGAGAUGUUGGAUUGGACGCGAAAACACUGCGACGCAUUAUCACGGCGAAUAGGCGACAUUGGUGUGAACGAUACAGAAGCGUCUGAAAGGCUUCAUGAGUUCGAAGAAUUUUCAACAACAGCGGAUAGUGCUGAAGUGAAUAUUACUCAAGUCACUAAUAUAGCUAUACGUUUGCGGUCAAUUGGUGGACAGAAUUCUAGAAACAAGUUGGAACGGACAAAAUUACGAUUGGAAGAGGAAUGGGCUCGGUUUCAAGAACAAUUAGUGAAACGAAAGCUUAUACUGAGUGCUGCUGUUGCCUUUUUCAGUGCCUCGAAAGUGUAUUUUUCCCAACUGCCGAGUUGGGUAGAAAGCCCUGGAGUGGAUCCUGCUGGCAUGAAUGGGAAAACUGCGGAGGUUUUAGAGGAUGCCAUCCAGCAGCACGAAAAGUUCUGGUCGACUGUUGAGGAGACGUAUGCAGAGGCUGUUGCUCAGGGGUCUCAAUUGGCUCAGCUAUUAAAAUCUGUGGAUGUUGAUGACGCACCUUCAAAAGAGCAGAUGGGAAAGCUAACAAGAGCUCACAAGCAUCUUCUUUGUUUGUGGAAAGAAAGAAGGGUUCGACUCCAUUCAAUGCUUGCUCUGAUUGCAUUCCGUACAGAUACACAACUGGUUGUGGAAUGGCUUGAGCAACAUGGUGAUCCGUAUCUGACAAAGAACACAAGCAUAGGUUUGACUAACUGUAGCUGA